AUGGCCACCAGGAGCAAGAAAGCAGGUGGAGGAGUCGCCCAGACUCACCGCUCCGGAAACAUUCGUCUGAUUGUGUCACCUGUAAACUCUGCGGUUGAUGCUGAUGAGAUUAAGAGGCUAGGAAAGAGAUUUAAGAAACUCGACCUAGAUAACUCCGGGUCCCUGAGCGUCGAGGAGUUUAUGUCGCUGCCGGAGCUCCAACAGAAUCCCCUCGUGCAGCGAGUCAUCGACAUUUUCGACACGGACGGAAACGGAGAAGUCGACUUUAAAGAGUUCAUCGAAGGAGUCUCCCAGUUCAGCGUCAAAGGCGACAAGGAGCAGAAGUUGCGUUUCGCCUUCAGGAUCUACGACAUGGACAAGGAUGGCUACAUAUCCAACGGUGAGCUCUUCCAGGUCCUCAAGAUGAUGGUAGGAAACAACCUGAAGGACACUCAGCUCCAACAGAUCGUCGACAAAACCAUCAUCAAUGCAGACAAAGACGGCGAUGGCAGGAUAUCCUUCGAGGAGUUCUGUGCGGUGAGUAACGGCGGCUCAGCUUCAUCGCCCCUUUUUGCUUUUUUUCUCCUGCUAGAAAUGUUGAAGCAAUGA